GGAAUUAUGGACCAAUCUCUGGGUUGCUUGCUUGCCUUGUUCUCCGGAUUUCUGGCGGCAUUCUCAGCAUUUUGUGCGAAGCCUGUCUUUCGUCCUUGGCUACGCGGUGUACGUCGCCGUCAACAUAUUCAUGUGGAUCGUUUUCUCAUUUGCACUGAAGAAAAAUGGAAGAUGCAUUACCACGUUGGCGUUAAAUACAGUUGCCAACUUCGGCUUCUCCAUCCUUUUCGAAACCGUUUUCAUGGAACGUUUGGCACUUCGAUCGUAUAUUGGUUUGCUAUUUAUGGGUGUUGGCACCCUCUGUUUAAUAUAUGAUUCUAUAUAAUGUUAUCCACUUUGUGCACCAAUCCUCGGUGGAAUCGAUUCGCUUCUAUGUUGUUAUAUCGAUAGGUAUGAUGACUAUUAUUUAGGAGGCGAUCACUAGUUUGCCG